GGUAGGACUUACAUUCUCGUAAUGUGAUGUGUCUUCAAGUGCUCAUUAGCACGAUGAUCGCAUACACACUUAUCUUAGGCCUUGUAGGCCUGUUUGUCUUUGACUAUAUCUGGCGGCUUGCCAAGCACAUUCGGAUCGCACAGCGCUCCAAGCUUCCCUAUGUUGUGGCCCCGUACAGCGUCAGCAUCCUAUCCACUGCGAUUUUCGGCCCACUGCUCCCGUACUUCGUCGAAAACUGCCUUCCCCAAUGGAUGGGCGAUGUCCUCUACGACCACCUGGGCUCUUACCGCUGGUUGAUCAAGGAUCGCCAGGUGAAGAGGUAUGGGAAGGUCUACAUGCUUGUUAGCCCGAAAGGUGUUACAGUCAGCGUCGCGGAUGCGUCGGUGGUCUGUCAAAUAGUCAACGCGCGCCAGGACUUCCCCAAGCCAGUCUUUCUAUAUCGAAUAUUGGACAUGUAUGGACCCAACGUUGUCACAUGUGAGGACAAAGAGUGGACACACCACCGCCGGCACACGGCAACUACCUUUAAUGAGAAGAACAACGCCCUGGUUUGGAAAGAGUCCAUCGAGCAGACGCGGGAAAUGGUCGAGCAAUGGGCAGGAGCAUCUCCUGUAGAUACUUCCCAAGGACCGGGAUUCACGGUUCAGAACACCAGAGACGAUAUUCAUAAACUGACUUUAAACGUGCUGUCUGGUGCAGGGUUUGGAGUGCCAAUGCCCUUCAAGCCCAUACAAGUGGACUCACGUAAGAACCCAGAGGACAUCUUCAAGGACAGUUCCACGCCGCCGGCAGGAUUCGAUUUCACUUUCCGGUCAGUUGUGGCUUAUAUGAAUCUGAACAUCGUCAACAUGGUAUUGGCCAACAAUAUACUGCCUAAGUGGGUUCCGAGAGUGUUGGUUCCGUUUUUCAAGCAGGACUUUGCGGCCCAUCGGGACUUGGACAACUUUCUACAGAGGUUGAUCAGUACAAAAGAAGCCGGAUUGAGCGAUAUCGAAACCGCCUCAAAUCUUAUAGAGGGAAUGCUUUUCUCCAGAAGGCCCGGGCAUACCAAGGAUGGGGGUCUGUCCGACCGAGAGGUCAUCAGCAACAUACAUAUAUUCACCAUUGCAGGGCAUGAAACAACGGCAACCACAUUGAGGUUUGCGCUUGUGCUUCUGGCCCUCCAUCAAGAUGUGCAGGAUUGGGUAUACGGCGGCAUAUCGGACGCAACCAAGGACGAGCCGUCAAAAAUCGGAAACUGGGACUAUGAUAGCGUGUUCCCCAAGCUCGUUACUCCUCUAUGCAUGAUGCUCGAGACAAUGCGUCUCUACCCCCCAGUUAUUUCUGUGCCUAAAUGGACGGGUGACUCCCCGAGUACCAUCCACUACGACGGCAAGGAUUAUGUUUUGGAGCCCCAUGUCAAUCUCAAUCUGAACAUGGGCUGCCUUCACUAUUCUGAAGAGUAUUGGGGAAGCGACGUCAGGGUUUUUCAACCCCAGAGAUGGGACGCGCGCAACGAAGACAGCUUCCUGGCUCAAAAUGCCGCUCUACCAGGCCUUUCUGGCCCCGGCUUGGAAUACGAUACCAUCCAUAAACCGGUCCGAGGCGCAUUCAUCCCGUUCAGCGAUGGGUUCCGCGCUUGCUUGGGCAAGAAAUUCACGCAAGUCGAAUUUGUCGCCGCGCUUACGGCGCUUUUGCGCGAAUACCGGAUCGAGCUGGUCGACACCAGUGAAAAGGGCCGACAAGAUGCAGAACGUGUGUUGGCAGGAAGUACUACGAUAAUAACCCUGGCAAUGAGGGAGAAUGUGCCCUUGCUUUUUCGUAAGAGAUAAUUUUCCGGAAAUGUUGUAUACACAUGGUGGGAUGGCUGGCAAAGCACAGGGAAAUUGAAUACCAAAGCAUCUAGGGACAUAGCAAGGACAGUAUAUAAUACAAAGCACAUGUAACAACAGAUAAUAGAAUCUCUUCAAGCUAAGAGCAA